UGUAAGAAAGAAAGAAAGAAAGAAAGAAAAGAAAAAUGGCAAUAACUCUGAACAAUGGCUUCCAAAUGCCAAUAAUGGGGCUUGGAGUUUGGCGUAUGGAGAAGCACAAAAUCAAAGACCUCAUUCUUCAUGCCAUUCAAUUUGGUUAUCGCCAUUUCGAUUGCGCCGCUGAUUAUAAAAGUGAGGCUGAAGUAGGGGAGGCAUUAGCGGAAGCUUUAGAGAGUGGACUUGUGAAGAGGGAAGAACUUUUCAUUACCUCAAAGCUGUGGAACUCAGACCAUGGACAUGUUCUUGAGGCUUGCAAGGACAGCCUAAAGAAGCUUCAACUACAAUAUUUGGAUCUAUAUUUGGUGCACUUUCCCAUAGCCAUAAAGCAUACAGGAGUUGGGAAUACUAGAAGUGAAAAGGAUGAGGAUGGGAUGUUAGACAUUGAUACAACCAUAUCUCUAGAAACCACUUGGCAUGUCAUGGAAGAUCUAGUUUCUGCUGGUUUAGUUCGAAGCAUCGGUAUCAGCAACUAUGACAUAUUUUUGGCAAGAGAUUGUUUGGCAUAUUCAAAAGUGAAACCUGCAGUGAACCAAAUAGAAACACAUCCUUAUUUUCAAAGAGAAUCUCUUAUCAAAUUUUGUCAAAAGCAUGGGAUUUGCAUCACAGCUCAUACUCCUUUAGGCGGUGCCGCUGCAAAUACUCAACGUUUUGGUACCGUUUCUUGUCUUGAAGAUCCCGUUAUUGAAGAACUUGCUGAAAAAUAUGGGAGAAGCCCUGCUCAAAUUGUGCUAAGGUGGGGAAUUCAAAGGAACACUACAGUUAUACCAAAAACUUCAAAAUUGAAGAGAUUGGAAGAGAAUUUGCAAGUUUUUGAUUUUGAGCUUGAAGAGGAAGAUAUGGAUCUCAUCAAAAAUAUUGACAAUAAAUAUAGAAGCAAUCUCACACCUGCAAGGUCUUGGGGCAUUGAUUUAUAUGCUUAA